CCUUAUGUGUCAGGCAAAGCUGCUGAUGGUUGCUAAGAAGGCCAAGACGCCACAUAAUGGGUCAUCUUCGCAGAAUAAUGAAGUUGAAUCUUCGGGUAUUAAGAAUACUGGGAAAAUCAAGAAACAUCCCAAGAAACUCGCAUCUAAAUAUGGGUCCAAAAUCUCUUCCUCGGAUCUUUCUAAGAAGCGCAAAGAAUUCUACCCUUCUUCAAGUUCUGAAUCUAGUGAUGACGAUAUUUUUGUUUCCGAAGAUCCAUCAAUCUCCUCUUCAAUGAAGGAAUUAUCCAACCUUUUCUCUGAUCCAAUGUCGGCUCUUAAUGAUGGUGAUCUACAACGCGCUUUUGGAAUGGUCUCGAAAGUCUUCGAUGCUCCUAGUUUGGAUGAUCCAUCUCUUCGUAGAGCUUCUUUUGUAGUAAAUCCAAGUUUCCACUAUUCAAUUGGCUCUUUGGUAUCUCGAUUAUCCUAUGCAAUUUCUUCGGAUUAUCAAAGGAAACUUCUCAGUUUGGGGAAAGAAAAUACCAAACUUAAGGUUGAAAAUUCUACCAAUAUUGAAUUACUUCACAUGGCUCGAUAGAGGAAUGAUGAACUUAUUGAUAAAGAAAAGAACUAUCUGGAGACGAUUGAAGAGUUAAAGACACAACUUGCUGCUGAAGAGAAGAAACGUCUUGAAGAAGCCGAAAAGUUGUCAAUGGAGUUAUCUGCUCGCAACUCCAAGUAUCAGCAAUUAAAAACAAACUACAUCCUCACUAUUUCAAAUAAUAGCAAGGAUGCCAUCCGUGCUCGUGAUACAACAGUUAAGAAAGUCUGUGUUGAUAAUGACAUUCCUCUCUCUAAAUGUGGCUUUUAUUCAGCUGUUACAAAGAGAAUACUGUAGCAGUGUUGCGAAUUUGAGACGCUGUUCUUCGUUGCAACGCUUGUUCUUCAGCAGCAGCAACAGAGACAGGCUUCCUGUAAUCUCCGAUUCUCUCCUCCUGAGCUCUCCUUUCGACCGCAAACUCUCAACACCCCUUCUACAUGAC